AGAGCUACCAGAAGGCUCAGGUUGCUCCUGAUGCGGCCGCCGGGGCCCGCGGGGCCAUUCAUAUGCUAAACACACACUCCUGAUGCCCCCGAGUCACAGGAUGAAUGAAACAGAAACACAACGAGCGCGGAGUGCAGCGCCAACACUUUGGGUUUGAACAUUUCAGCAUUUUCUCUGAAACAAAGCAGAGAGAAGGGCCGUGAUGGCGGCGGGGCCCGCUGCUCCUGGAGCCUGGAUUAUUCACAGGAAGCCUGGAGAAUGCCGCAGGGCAUCCUGACUGCACCGAGCCCAGGGAACCAGAAGCUUCAGGACUCUUCCUGCGUCCCGGAGACGGACGAGACAAACACAGCAGGUGUGAAGGAAGCGAGCGGGACGAUGCUGCGGACAGGAGUGCGUCUUCUGGCGCUGGCGCUGUGUGUUUCAGCUGGUGGAGACUUUGACUGGACCAAAAAUGAGAAAACCUCUUUCUACUACGGGACCUUCCCAACUGGUUUCUCCUGGGGAGUCGGCAGCUCAGCCUAUCAGACCGAAGGAGCGUGGAAUACAGACGGGAAAGGAAUGAGCAUCUGGGAUGUUUUUGCUCAUAAAAAAGGAAAAAUCUCCUCAAAUGAUACAGGAGACUCUUCAUGUGAAGGCUACUACAAGUUCAAGGAUGAUAUUAACCUGAUGAAGGAGAUGAAGCUGAAUCAUUAUCGCUUCUCAGUUUCCUGGCCGAGGAUUUUACCCAGCGGGUUGAGAAGUGAGCAUGUUAACGAGAAAGGAAUCAGGUAUUACAGCGACCUGAUCGAUUUGCUCCUGAACAGUAAGAUCACACCUGUGGUCACUCUGUACCACUGGGAUCUACCUCAGGUGCUGCAGGAGAAAUAUGGCGGCUGGCAGAACGCCAGCAUGGUCGGCUACUUCAACGAAUUCGCCAACUUGUGUUUUGAACGUUUUGGGAACAGAGUGAAGCACUGGAUCACCUUCAACAACCCCUGGUCCAUUUCUGUGGAAGGAUACGAAACAGGGGAGCACGCCCCCGGACUGAGGACGAGGGGCAGCGGCGCUUACAAAGCGGCUCACCACAUCAUCAAGGCCCACGCUAAAGUCUGGCACACCUACGACAUGAAGUGGAGAAGCAAGCAGAAAGGUCUGAUCGGGAUCUCCCUGAGUGCUGACUGGGGCGAACCGGUGGACGUGUCCAACCAACGGGACGUGGAAGCAGCAGAACGCUACAUCCACUUCUACCUGGGCUGGUUCGCCACGCCGCUCUUCCAUGGAGACUACCCAGCGGUCAUGAAGGAAUACAUCGGCAGGAAGAGCGGCCAGCAGGGCCUGGGCGCGUCGCGGCUGCCCGUCUUCUCGCCUCAGGAGAAGAGCUACAUCCGAGGAACCGUCGACUUCCUGGGCCUCGGACAUUACACCACCCGCUACGUCACCCAGAAGAACUACCCUUCCAGCUUCGGAGACAGUUACUUUGCAGAUCGGGACCUGGCGGAGCUGGUGGACCCAAAGUGGCCCGACCCUGGUUCUGAGUGGCUCUACUCAGUUCCCUGGGGGUUCCGGAGGUUGUUGAACUUUGUGAAGACCCAGUAUGGAAACCCGAUGAUCUACGUGACGGAGAACGGCGUCUCAGAGAAGAUGCCAUGCACCGACCUGUGUGAUGACUGGAGGAUGCAGUACUUCAGGGAAUACAUCAACGAGCUGCUGAAAGCCGUUAGAGACGGAGUCAACGUGAAGGGUUACACCGCCUGGUCUCUGCUGGACGGCUUCGAGUGGGACGAAGGUUUCUCUGAGCGCUUCGGACUCUACUUCGUGGACUUCAGGAACAAGAACAAACCUCGCUUCCCAAAAGCUUCGGUUCAGUUCUACAAACGCAUCAUCAGCUCCAACGGCUUCCCCAGCCAGAGAGAGGUGGAGAGCUGGAAGAGGAAAGCUGUGGAGACGUGUUCCUCCAGCAACCAGCUGCUGGCUGCAGAUCCACUGAUCGGCCACAUGGAGAUGGUCACAGAGAUCGUUGUUCCCACCGUCUGCACGCUCUGCAUCCUCCUCAGCGCCGUCUUCUUCAUGUUUCUGCUGCGCCGACGCCUCUGAGGAACGCCCGGGUCGGGUCGCCUUGUCUGUUUCCAUGGAAGCAGAACUCUGCAGGAACCAAUCAGAGCGUCUUCCUGUUGACCGCCCUGCCGUUCUGUUCCAGUCGGGUCAUCAAUAAACAGUCAGAACAAGCAGAAUAUGAUUAUUAAUCAAUAAAUGAUUAGUAAGCCUGGUUUACUGUUGAACUAAGACUGGACUGAACUGUUCAAACCGUUUCCGACUGGAACAAACAACCAGGCUGAACUUUGUUUUGACUGUUAUGAGUUUCAUCAUAUUUAAGCUUUUAUUGCCAGUUGUAUUUCUAAAUUUGAUAUAACAAUAAAGUGGUUUAAAUGUGCAUAUUAAAUGUGAGGAAUAUUUAGAGGGUUUGUGUAGUAUAUAAAUGUAAUAUUUUAUUUAUUUUUCAUCAAACAGCUCAUUUACCAGGUUCAUGCAGUCCUCUGCGGGAGUUCCAACCCUCCUACUGAUUAUUACACUUCAAUAAGUAUAAUAAUCACUUAUUUUUUACUUGCUGAAAAAUAAAUAUGAAACAGAUUCACUCAUGGAAAAAAUUAUUGCCCUGCAUUUUUUAAAAUUGACAUGAUAAAAAUGACCUAAUAUUUAUCAGCAGGUUCCAGAAUAAUUAAAUCCAACCUGAUGUGGACAAAAAUACAGGACAGAUUCAGCCUAUAAGCCAAGAAUAAUAAACAGUGACAGGAUGAACUCUUCGUAAGCCUAGUAUUAUUUUUUAAUUAGUUGGAGAACCUGGUAACCUCAUUCAUUUUUGCUGGGA